GCCGGUAGUACUCCAUCGGCGACCGAAACAUGUUCUUCUACAGUCUUCGUUUUGCAGAUGUACGUGUAAAUCGGCUGUUAGAUUGCUGAUGUACAUGAAAAGAUAAUCAUUGAGGAUUUGCAUGUAGACCCAUUGUGAUGUUGGGUUUUCUAUUUAAUGAUUUGUUUUCCCCUUCGGUGGGUUAUUAUUUACACAUUAUUCAACAAUACACCAGUUUUCGGUAUUCUGUUGCAUUAUAACUUGAUCAUCUAUUUUCGUCCACUCAGCAUUACAACAAACAAGUCUUUACCAUAGUCGAGAUGGAGAGAGCUCCUGCUAAUACUUCUAGAGGGAACGGUUCUGGUGGUGCUGCUGGUGGAGCAGGUGGACGACGCAACGGGCCAGGGAAAAACGGGGACAGGGAUCCCACGGGUCAGAAGUCUACACGAAAUGCUGAUGAGAAGUCCGGUGGAUCGCACAGUAAUGGAAAAUCUGGUGGAGAUGCUGGAAGUGGCAACCAAAGGAAGAAGCCGAGGGAUAAUAAGUAGAUGGCAGAUAGCAACGGCAGAGUCACUGCUUCCAUCAUAGAGAAGAAUGGCAACACCAACACCGGCACUGCAUCCAAGAAGCAUCGAACAAUCAAAAUUUAAUUCGGGCAAGAAUGCAUGCGUCAUGGCGAAAUAUCAAAAUAGAUGUUACAUGUCUUGUAGGAGAAAUCAUCUACGAAGCGAAAGGAGAUAUUCAAUGGUUCUUUUCGAACAGAAUCGGAUUGUUAGAGCGGUUCAAUGGUUGAUGCUUUGAGGGGCGGAACUUGAAGUUGAGGUGUUGCGAUGGAAAGCAGCUAUAGCUAGCAUUGAAUAAGACACUUUAUGCA